AUGGACGGCAUUGUACAGAGCGUUCAGGUCCCUCCCAACUUCGAUCCAUGGAACCAGGACUUGAAUCUUACUGUGUCAGAUGGUAAUGGUGGAUGGGUAGCCGUAGCGAUCAGCAUGAAGGUGCUCAACGACUAUCGUAUCUACGGCUUUCGUCUCGCUAUCAGCUACGGGUCUGGUUUUGGUGUAUCACUCAUGCUUUUGAUUGUUCUCCUUCUCUUAACCAAGGCUGAGAAACGAAAGUCUAUGAUUUUCUUCCUAAACGCCGCCUGUCUUCUUACCAACACCAUCCGCUGUCUACUGUUCUGCUGUUGGGUUACCGGUAACUUCUACGAUCCUUACACUGUCCUGGCUUCAAACCGGGGUCGCCUGACACGUGGAGACUUUGCUUUCUUCAUCACUUCCAAUAUCUUCGGUAUCAUAGUUACCGCCCUCGUCUUCAUGUCCCUCAGUCUCCAAGUCUGGGUCGUAUGCGUCACCACACCGCCUCUACAACGCAACAUCAUUAUGGGUACAACGACUGUCAUGGCCUGCGUUGCGUUCGGGUACAGGCUUGUUGCCGUCUACUGGAAUACCAAGCUGACCCUGGAGGAUACGGGUGCCGACUCCAUCUUGGAGUUGAUCGCGAUCUCCUACGUUCUGCAAAACGUAUCCAUUUGGAUAUUCAGCUGCGUCUUUACCGGCAAGCUAGGUCACGCCAUCAUCCAGAGGCGACGUCUCAAUAUGCCACAGUUUGGACCGAUGCAAAUUGUCUUCAUCAUGGGCUGUCAGACUAUGUUCGCACCAGCUAUCUUCGCGUCUCUCCAGUUUGCAAACAUUCUCCCUGAGAUCGUUGCCCAUGUUCUCACGGUCAUCUGCGUCUUCCUUCCCUUCUCCGCCAUUUGGGCCGGUGUCAUCAACGACCAAAACCUUGCCGCAAGAGGACCCGAUGCUCACCGGCGACUGAUAAGGAGCAACUUCCACGAUAAAUCAGUGCCUUCGACCCUCAGCGAAGGCUCCACAGUUUGCGAAAAAAGCCGUCAGAUGAGCUCAUGGUCGGACAUGAAGAGCAAGGAUCAUGAGGGCCUUAUCAUCAUUCCUACCUCGCAUGUCCACAGUAGGAGCAUCGACGACAACUGCAUCCGAGUCGAUCGUAAAUUCGGCUUCUCGUGUGACGAUCCCACGGACCGAGUCUAA